AUGGCCCCAAUACCCAUCUCCUCCAUCAAGGUUGGCCACAUUGAUGAUGUCCAAGAACUGAGAAAGACUAAGCCCACCAUAAUUCCUGACAGAUUUGUAAGGGACAUGGCUGAGAGGCCAACUCUGGCCCCUGCCAUGCCAUGCUCUAGUGACAUUCCCACAAUCAACUUCUCAAAGCUUUCAAAAGGAAGCAAAGAUGAACUCGAAAGUGAAAGUUCUCAGCUUGCAGCUGCCUGUGAGAACUGGGGAUUUUUCCAGGUGAUAAAUCAUGGGAUUGAUCUGAGUCUGCUUGAGAGCAUAGAGAAAGUGACUAAGGACUUCUUCAUGCUACCUUUGGAAGAGAAAAAGAAGUAUGCAAUGGCUCCUGGGACUGUUCAGGGAUAUGGGCAGGCCUUUGUGCUAUCAGAGGACCAAAAGCUGGAUUGGUGCAACAUGUUUGCUCUUGGGGUUGAACCCAACUUUAUAAGGAACCCCAUGUUAUGGCCAACAGAACCAGAAAAGUUCAGUGGAACUGUAGAGGUUUACUCAAAAGAAGUAAGGAAACUGUGCCAGAAUCUGCUGAAAUACAUAGCCAUGGGCCUUGGCUUAAAAGGUGAUGUGUUUGAAAAGAUGUUUGGGGAGACUGUGCAAGCCAUAAGGAUGAACUAUUACCCUCCAUGUUCAAGACCUGACCUUGUUUUAGGUCUAAGCCCACAUUCAGACGGAAGUGCCCUCACAGUGCUGCAGCAGGGGAAGGACACGUCAGUAGGACUUCAAAUUCUCAAAGAUGACAGAUGGGUUCCUGUUAAGCCCAUCCCUAAUGCACUCAUAAUCAACAUUGGUGACACCAUAGAAGUUCUUACAAAUGGGAAAUAUAAGAGUGUGGAGCACAGAGCAGUGACUCAUAAGGAGAAAGACCGCCUUUCAAUUGUGACAUUUUAUGCUCCUAGCUAUGAGAUAGAGCUUGGACCUAUGGAAGAAUUGGUGGAUGAAAACAACCCAUGCAAGUACAGAAGAUACAAUCAUGGAGAAUACAGUAAACACUAUGUAACCAACAAGUUGCAAGGCAAGAAAACCUUGGAGUUUGCCAAGAUUUAA